AUGUGCACCAGCACCUGCAUCUGCACCUGCACCUGCACCCGCAUCUGCACCUGCACCGCACCUGCACCCGUAUCUGCAUCUGCACCUGCACCUGCAUCUGCACCUGUACCCGUACCUGCACCCGCAUCUGUACCUGCACCUGGUAUCUGCACCUGCAUGCACCAAUCUGCACCCGAUUCGUGCUGUUGGUCGUGCGUGCCGUGCCCUGAGGACUCCAUCAUCCACAACGACACGUGCCGCCCCUGUGAGCUGGGCUGGGCACCGACUGUCGACAAGGUGACCUGUUUUAAACUGACCCCAGAACACAUGACCUGGGACUCCAGCGGGCCAUUGUCCCUUGCUCCACUGGGUCUGUUGUGUACACUGCUCACCACCAUCACCUUCAUCCGGUUCAACACCACGCCGGUGAUCAUGGCGAGCGGCCGAGAGCUAUGUUACGUCCUCCUGUCGGGGAUCGCUCUCUGUUACCUCAUGACCUUCGUGAUCCUGGCGCCGCCCUCCACCCCCUCCUGCGCCCUCCUCAGGUUGGGUCUUGGCCUCGGUCUCUGCAUCUGCUACUCCGCCAUCUUCACCAAGACCAACAGGAUCUCCCGGAUCUUCAACAGAGGCAUGAAGUCCAUCAAGAGGCCCCACUCCCCCAGGUCCCAGAUUGUUAUUUGUAGCGGGAUCUCUUGACUCGUGGGCGUGCAGCUGGUGGGCGUGGUGGCGUGGUUGGUGGUAGAGCUGCCCACCACCAAGGAGGUGUACCCAUACCGUCUGGUGGCAGUGUUGACAUGUGGUAUCUCCAAUAUCUCUCUCAUCCUCUCCCUCGGCUACAACAUGGUGCUCAUCCUCCUGUGCACCGUGUACGCCUUCAAGACCAGGAAGAUCCCAGAGAACUUUAACGAGGCCAAGUACAUCGGCUUCACCAUGUACAGCACCUGCAUCGUCUGGCUCGCGUUCAUCCCAAUCUACUUCGGCACCAACAAUGACUACAAGAUCCAGCUGGCCAGCAUGUGUAUGUGUGUCAGCAUCAGCGCCUGGGUGUCGCUCGGCUGCCUCUUCACGCCCAAGGUGUACAUCGUCAUCUUCCAGCCCUACAAGAACGUGAGGCAGGGCUCUGGACCCGUCAAGGGAUCACAGAACAAGAGUUACGGGCAGAGUAUGCGGUUCACCUCCCGCUCACAGACGGCACAGUCGGUGCUCUCCAUCAACCACUCCAGUCUGCACGCCCCUCCGCCCUCCUCCAUCAGUCAGCACGUGAACGGAGACUCUCUCACCGUGACCACCCCGAGUGUAGAGGAGAGUUCCAUAACCUAGGGUCGGCGAGAGGUGCUGCUCUAACUGGAGACGCACCUCAGAGCGGGGUCACAGGCUACUACAACACGCCCUGCACCACCUCGCUGGGCUACCAACAUGUAGAGCCCACUCAGGCGCAUCCACAUAUACUUGUUGGCUCGUUCAUGAAGGCGCUCCCACCAGACUUAAGCAGCUGCGGUGCUAGUUUAGGUGAAACCUUGAGUGUGGUGGAAGAGUGCGACCUCGAGGAUGAGUUCUCUGAUGAUGACAUGCAGGAGGAGGAGGAGGAGGAGGAGGAGGAAGAGAUGCAGAUAGAAGAAGAGGAACAGGAGGAGGAGGAGGAGGAGGAAGAAGUAGAGGAAGAAGAGGAUGAAGAGAACAAACCCGAGAUGAACUCACUCACUAUCACCUUUGUGGACGAAUCAACUUACCUGUGAAUGGUUCCACCUGUGCCACGGCCAUCGGGGGGUCGAGAGAGACUGACAUGCGGAGAUUGUCAGCAGGAUCUCUCGGCCUUGCCACCGGCGCCCGCGGAACCCUGAACCCCGCCAUGAGAUAUGUCUCCAGGAAGGCGACACCUCGAGUGUACCUCAUAAUUAAAACAAAAAACAAAAGCUUAUAUGCUCACUGUUGAGGAUAUGAUUACUGCCAUCUUCGGUCAGGAACAUCCACAGUUGUCCCCCACCCCAGGGAGUGUUGCUGACUAACUCGUGCGUGCCGUGUGUGGGCUCGUGCCCCCAGUGUUAUGAUGGCAGGUAUGGGCCUUCACACCACUAAGAGUUGCUCAACAAACCUCAAGCUGUUUUCAAAAAGUACUUACUUCCAAAUGUUAUCAUUCAUUGGUCGUGCUUUGGAUAUUUACUUCUAUAAAUGGUGCUGCGCAUAAUAGCUGUUUUUUAACAAGGCGCGCUGACGCGUUGUUAUCACGAGAGUUGUUCAGGUCACCAGCUGUCUCGACCACUGUUAUAGCUCAAGUUACUACGACUUACGCUGAUAUCAUAAAGGAGCGCCAGGCGAAGAUGUUCGUUUGUCUUCCCUUCCACGAGCGAGUCAUUGUGAGAUGGAAGGAAAGCCAGACGCUGUUGAUCGCCCGUGCUGACGCUAGUGUUUCACGGUAUGAUCCUUAGAUCGUUGCCUAAGGUGUCAGCCUCGCGGCCUCGUGCUGGAGGUCGCCAGGGCUGCUACAGUCCUAUACAUUUUUUGUGACCAAAUUGUUCAUGAAUGAUAAUUCUCGUUGUCUAGUUUGUUUCGCUGUAUGGUGUUGUUUAUGUUUACGUUUUGUGUGGGAGGUAAGAAGAACGAGUUAUCCCUCCAAGAUGGAAGACAAACUUUAGUUCCGUGUUUUACAUGUUAGGAGCAAGUUAUCAGUAAAGGCCUCGUCUUAUCCUCAAAAAAUAAACCUGUACUAGAACAAAACUUCUCUUAUUUAUUUGUGAUAAAGUGAGUUUCUGGGUCAGCGUCAGAGUAUUUUAGUUAAUAUUGUGAGCGUUACUUGGCCUCUCACUCACUCACACAAGUUGGGUCUAUAGAGGCAAUGUUUGACAAGAGCGGUACACCCGACACCUCUUAUUGGCUCCUGUUUCGCCCUCUGUUCACAUCUGGGAGAACGAGCCUAAACAUUUAAGAACAAAAGCAGAAUGCAUCGCUCAUUCUAAAUAAUUACGCCAAAUGUUUCCCAAAAAAUCAAAAUACAAAAAAAUUAAAUAUUUUAACUGUAUUUCCUUUUUGAGAGUUUGUGAGACGUUGUUAAGAUCAAAAUACACUGUACGCUUCUAUCACCAGUGAGUGUUCUUUUUAUGACAUAUAUGAUAGAUGUUUAUUCCCGCUCAUGUGAUAUUACCCCAGCAUGACCCCGGGUGGGCGGCCUGCCACCCACCUCCUUCACCCAGGGUGGGCGGCGGUGGGCGGUUUAGUCACCCACCCUCACUCACCAACCCAAGGAGCGGGGCGGGAAGUAUACCGGAGGGACCAGGGGCCACGUUGUUACUAUCACCACCACCACCACUUGUCACCACCACCUGUCACCACCACCACCACCUGUCACCACUACCA